AAAAAAAAAAAGUUUCGGGGAGGCGGCGCAAACAAAGGAGUUAGCAUCACAAUUACGAACUCUGCUUUUUUGCUGGGCCGACCAGAAUCUUGCAGCAGCGCUCGCCUGCAUAAUUAUAGAGCGGCUGCAUUCAAAGACUCUGCAUCACCGCGUGUGUGCGGUUUGUCUUUAGUGCGCGGGCCAAAGCAAGCAAGCGAUGUGUGCAAUUCGCCCGCCUGUCCCGUCGAGGACGCUGCUGCGCUUCUUGCGAUCACAAAGCGACAAUGCCUUCCCCGUGUCGCCAGUGUUAGGUGCGACUACAGGCCGAUGCAAACAUUCACGAAAUAUUACGACGUCUGCGAGGACCGGAACAAAGGCGAGCCCGUUUGCUGCCACCCCCCGGACCUGCCUCCCCACGGCGUGCUCGACAUCGCGAAUCUACACAGCAAAGACAAACGCCGCAUACUUUAGCACAUCCAAGUUGGCCGGGAACAAAUGGGUCCAAGACCGCUGCAAGGAAUCACCACAGCCGCCGCCCUCGUGGCAGGAGAGGCUCUGGGGCAUUGCGGCGCGCAGGGGCGACAAACCCCUCAAGCCGGAGGAUCUGCCUGGCCAGGAGGACUUUGAGCAGGGCUCGUCCAUGUUUACUGCGCGCCGUAUCAUGACGGCCAAGGCGGCUGCUGAGCCGAGACUACGCUGCACAGAAGUCGACGAGAAUGGAGAAGUUAUUCUAGUCGAUGGCGAGUUUAAGAAGACGGAGCUGAUUGCAAAGUACGGUCUGCUCCCCCGAGAUUUACGCAAGAUUGAUUCCUCCAACCUCCCACAUAUCCUCGUCCGCCCGUCCGCCAUUCUCCUCAACCUGCUGCAUCUCAAAGUCCUCAUCAAGCGAGACCGCGUGCUGCUCUUCGACGUCUACGGCUCCAAGACAUCAUACCCGCAGUCGGCAUUCAUGUACGACCUCCAGGGCAAGCUUCAGCAAAAGAGCUCUCCCGGAUCGCCCGGCCUGCCGUACGAGUUCCGCGCCCUCGAAGCCGUGCUUACAUCCGUCACGUCGGAGCUCGAAGCAGACUUUGAGGCGGUCCGCGACCCUGUCAUGCAUAUCCUUAGCGAACUCGAAGACGAUAUCGACCGCCACAAGCUCCGCAUGCUUCUGAUCUUGUCGAAGCGCGUCAGCACGUUUGAGCAAAAGGCCAAGCUAGUGCGCGAUGCCAUUGAGGAGUUGCUCGAGGCGGACGACGAUCUUGCUGAAAUGUACCUUACUGAAAAGACACACGAUCUGUACCGCGGCACCGACGACCAUACGGAAGUCGAGAUGCUGCUCGAGUCGUACCAUAAGCUGACGGACGAAAUCGUCCAAGAGGCAGGGAACUUGGUCUCAGGCAUCCGUAACACCGAGGAGAUCUCGCGAGCUAUUCUAGACGCGAACCGUAACUCGCUGAUGCUUCUGGAUUUGAAGUUUAGUGUUGGUACCUUGGGCCUUGCAAUGGGGACUUUCCUCGCGGGCUUGUACGGUAUGAACUUGAACAACUUCAUUGAGGAGUCCAACUGGGGCUUUGGCGCUGUCACAGCCAUGUCGACUGUCUUCUCGCUGAUUGUGUGCUGGUACGGCCUGGUCAAGCUGCGCAAGGUGCAGCGCGUCAAGAUGCAGCGUGAUGACCGUGUCGGUCUGCAGAGAGGCUACUCGCACUAUAGAGAUGAAGGCGCCCUUGGCUUGCUGGACUCUCGUCAUCGUGAGAUGCUCAGACGCGUGGCCAUGCAAAAGGCCUUGCCUGCUAAGAAGACUAGCAGUGGCUGGUUCUGGAGAUAAACUAAACAUAUUAAGCGGGUUACCUUAGCACUCUACGGCGGAUUAUUUAUUUUUAUUUUAUAGAAGAGCUAAAGCGAAGAAGCUCUUUGUGUAUUAUACUCGAUUUGUGGCGUGAGCGAGUGCCACAAGGGGAGAUGCGCGACAGCACACAUUCAUCUCUUUUAAUAACUUUUCGUAUUCAGCUAUAUUUAACGAAAUACAUUGUAUAUACCAUCCCAUAAUCAAGACAAAA